CGGCGUCCCCGUGGGGGGCAGCAGCAGCAGCAGCAGCAGCUUACGUCUGAGAAGGACACUAGCGCGUUUUUCUAUUGAGGUCUGUCUCUUUCCUCUUCCUCUUUUGGCCAUCACCAUUGCUAUCUAUCUAUAACUCACCGAGGUGUGAAGAGGGUCCUUUUCCCCCCCUCUCUCUCUCUCUGUGUCUUCUUCCUCCAUUUCUCUCUCCGUUCGUCCGCAAGCUUGCCGCCGCCAUAGCCAGAGAGAGCUGAGAGAGACGGCCGGGCAAGAUGGCCAUCGCUGAGCCGCAAGCGGAUGUUAAGCUCUUUGGUCGAUGGAGUUUCGACGAUGUGGAAGUCAGCGACAUCUCUCUUCAGGACUACGUUGCUGUCGGCCGCAAGUACAACAUCUUCGUUCCUCACACCGCUGGCAGAUACCAAGUCAAGCGGUUCCGUAAGGCCCAGUGUCCCAUCGUUGAGAGAUUAACCAAUUCCUUGAUGAUGCAUGGGAGGAACAAUGGCAAGAAGUUGAUGGCUGUGAGGAUUGUCAAACAUGCAAUGGACAUAGUCCACCUUUUGACCGAUCAGAACCCGAUUCAAGUUGUCGUUGACGCUGUGAUUAAUAGCGGGCCGAGGGAAGAUGCUACUCGAAUUGGGUCUGCUGGAGUUAUCAGACGUCAAGCCGUUGAUAUCUCUCCCCUCCGGAGAGUGAAUCAGGCCAUCUAUCUCAUCACGACGGGGGCGCGGGAAAGUGCAUUCCGUAAUGUCAAGACCAUUGCAGAGUGUCUGGCGGAUGAGUUGAUUAACGCUGCCAAGGGGUCGUCCAACAGCUACGCAAUCAAGAAGAAGGACGAGAUUGAACGUGUAGCUAAGGCCAAUCGUUAAACAAGAAGGCGGAAUAAUGUCUACUCUCCCUCAUUCUUUCCCUUUUUCUCUCUCUCUCUCUCUGUAUUUCUUUCUGUGUCUUCCCCUUGCUCUUCUGGUGUGCUCUCUCUCUGUCUCUCUUCGUAUCUUCUUUUGUUUCUCUUUCUCCUUCUCUUUCUCUCUGGACCUCUACUCUCCCUCUUUCUUUCUCUCUUUCUCUCCCUCUCUCUCUGUUUCGUUCUCUUUCUUCCCUUUGCUCUUGUGUGGUGCUCUCUCUCUCUCUCUCUCUCUCUCCUUUUCUCGUUCGUCUUGUUCUCUCCUCUCUCGCUCUCUCUCUCCAUUUCGCUGCCUUCCGGCGUCAUCAUCAGAGUGUGUGGCUUCUGAGUGCGGCGGCGGGUUUGUCCCUCUUUUCUCUUUGUUCCUCCUUGCUCUUCUUGUGUGCUCUCCCGCUUUCUCUUCUCUCUCGCUCUCUUUUCCAUUCGCUUAUCUGCCUGAAUCAUCAUGAGUGUGUGGCUUAUGAGCGCGGCGGCGGCUUUUGCCCUUCACAUCGCAAUGUGUGCUUUCCCCUCUGUCCUCCUAUGAUCUGUUUCUUUGUCGGUCGCUCUUCUUCAUCGAUUACAUCCGCCGCCUUUGCCGGCGGCUGCUGGUAAGUAGGCUUAGGGUGAUAUCGGUAGUGCUCCUGUUCUCUCUCUUUCUCUCUCUCUUUCUCCUCUCUCUCUGUCUCUCUCUCCCUUUCUUUUUCCCUUUUUCUCUCUCUCGAGAUGGCUAUGUGAUUGAUUCCUCGGUUUCGCCGAAACCGCGUCCCUCCUUAAAUUCUGGGAUGCCUUUUGAAUUUGCAGCCGUAAUGUAGACUGUUGGCUAUUGUCCUCCGAGCCUUUUCUUUUUCUGUUUUCCUUGUUCGAAUCUCCCUCCUUCCCUUCGAGAUUUGUCGAUGUCCUCCGCUCUCCCUCUUUUCUCUUUUUACAUUCUGCUGUCAAUGUCUGACUCUGUCAGUCUGUCUCUGUCUGUCUGUCUUUCGAAUUUGCAGGCGUAAUGCCGAGCUUGGCUUGUCUCUGGUUUGUCGGAGCUUUGUUUUUUUAUUAUUUAUUGUUCUAUUGUUUGUAGAAUCUCUCUCCCUCUCUCUCCCUCUCUCUCCCUCUCUCUCCCUCUCUCCCUCUCUCUCUCUCUCACUCUCUCCCUCUAUCUUUCUCUCUCUCCCUCUUUCUCUCUCUCCCUCUUUCUCUCUGCCUCCUGUCUGUCUGUCUGUCGGUCUGUUUGUCGGUCUGUCCUUUCGAGUUUCCGUGGUUUUGUGGAGAUUUCGAUAAGUCCUUUUUUGCUGGUCCAUGUCCUCUUGAGUGAGAGACGGCGGCGGCGGUGGAUGUGUUUGAUUCGGUGAAUGAGGAGUGUGUGUGGGUAACGAACGAAGAAGAAAAUGUGUUGCGAACGACGUGUGCCAUUUUUUUUUUCCUUAACAGAUGAAGAGUUGUAAUGCGA